UGUAUAGGCCGGCUUUUAUAGUCCAUAGCAUGGAGGUGUUUUUCAGAUCAGGCUGGAUCCGUAUCGCCGUGAGUCAGACAUUUCCAGAAAAUUUUUUUCCCAGAUAUUCAAAUAUCGGAUUGAAUUCAAAUAUAUCCGGAGUCCGGACUAUAUAUCAAGUGGACAUGGAGGUGUUAAACUCCAUGCAAGUGGAUAGAACCUGCAGGAUAUCUCUAGGACCUCCAGUGGAACGAACUUGUAGGGUAUUCGCUGGACAUAUCUUGGAUAAGACAAAAUUUCCUCAAUAAAAUCUGCAUAUUUACUGGAUAUCCAAACUUAUCCAAAUAUGAUACACCUGGAUAUCCAGAAAUCUCAACCAGAAUGUAUACACUCUUUUCCAGAGGCUCUGGGAAACCAUAGAAAAAAAUAAGUUCAUCUUUUAAGGACCAAUUUCUUUGCUAUAUGAUGAUUAUUUAUCAAAUAAUCUUUUAAAAUCACACAAAAAAUUUUGCUCAUGUUCAAGUAACUUAUUAAACUUUUCUUUAAUAAUGUAGAUUUGAUUUUGAUAUCAAAAGCAUUUUUUUUUAUAAUUUGAAAUUUUGUCUUAUGAAAUUUUAUUAUAAAACUAAGCUACGGCAUUUUAUAAGGAUUGUUAAAAUAAUGUAGUAAAUUCAUAUGUAUACGCGUAAGAGCCAGUUUUACAUUUACAUGCAAAAAACAUUUAUAAUAAAAACAAAAAUAAGCAUAAUAGUAGUUAAAAUACACAUGCGCAACGGUUAUCGCGGGCCAAAUCGAUCUGAGUGCGAGACGAGUGCGGUUAUUGAACAGCUAUAAUAUACAAAAAAAAAAGUACUAUCCCCUUAUCUUUAUGUUUAAACAAUAUUUCUGUAAUUCAAAAUAAAUUUAUAACUCAGUUAACGUGUGACAGCUUGAGUGAUAAUACAAAUAACAAGCAAAGCGUUAUUAUUUGCUGAAUGACGUUGACUUGAAACCAACAUUAUUGCUUAUUUCUAUUUAAUUAUAUAUAACUCAAAAAAAUAUAAGUAAAUGGGCUAAAAUAACUAACGAAAUACAAAUUUGAAUUACAAAAACGUAUAACUAAAAUCAAAUCGUGAUUAAAAUUGAUAAAAUUUAAAAAUAGUGUUUUAAUUUGAAGUUUUUAACAAAUGUCUAUAUCAAACUACGAAAAAAUUGAUAUUGAAAAACCAAGAUGGAAUCAAAGUACAUACAUUGGAAGAGCAAAACAUUUUUUCAAUCUUACAAAUCCAAUAAAUGCAUUUGCAUCAAAUGAACAGCUGGAACGUGCACGAGAAAUCAUCACACAAUACAGAAAAGAAAAAUCAUUGGAUGGUCUUAAAAUCACUGAAGAUGAACUAUGGUCAAAUAAAUAUCUUUACGAUAGUGCUUAUCAUCCUGAUACGGGUGAGAAAAUGUUAUUGAUUGGUCGUAUGAGUGCUCAAGUACCCAUGAACAUGAUUAUUACUGGCUGCAUGAUGACCUUUUACAAGUCAACACCAGCUGUUAUAUUUUGGCAGUGGUUUAACCAAUCUUUUAAUGCAGUCGUUAAUUACACUAACCGAAGUGGGUCAAGUCCAAUACCAGUGGAGACACUUGCACAGAGUUAUGUUGGUGCCGUCGGUGGUGCUGUAAUAACAGCAUUAACAUUGAAUCGUCUUGCUAAACGAGCAUCACCAUUAGCUGGACGUCUUGUACCAUUGGCAGCCGUUGCUGCUGCAAACUGUGUUAAUAUACCAUUAAUGAGAAUUACAGAAUUAAAAUAUGGUAUCGAUUUACAAAAUGAAAAAGGUGAAUACGUUGGUAAAAGUCGUAAAGCAGCAAAAGAAGCAAUAUCAUCAGUUAUACUUUCAAGAAUUCUCAUGUCAGCACCCAGUAUGACACUGGCACCAGUAUUGAUGAAUUUUUUGGAUCGUCGAAAGCUACUUGUCGGAGCUAAAUGGGCAGCAGCUCCAAUACAGUUAGCUGUAUGUGGCAUUUGUCUGACAUUUGCGACUCCCUUAUGCUGUGCAUUAUUUGCCCAACAAGUACCAAUAUCAAUUGAUAAUCUAGAACCUGACGUAAAAGAAAAAAUACACGCCUGUGAUAGAAAUGCUAAAAUUCUUGUUUAUAAUAAGGGGCUAUAAUAUGUGUUAUUUUUUCUCUCAUAAAUUGAAUAUUUUUCUCUGUAAGAAAAAAAAUUAAUAUUUACUCAAGUUAUUUAUAACAAAAGAUUUUUAUUUAUUCAAGUUUUUAAUUUUUUUCAAUAACGGUUGACAUUAAAUUAUCAUAUUGCUUUUUAUUGUAACAAAUUUAUGUACCUAUUUGUUGAAUCUCGACAAAAAUUUUGAAGAAUUUUUUUCUGCAUAUAUUAUAAAAUAAAAUUAUAACUAGUGUGAUGCGGUUGAGCCGUAUAUCGUAAUAAUAAUGAUAAUAUAAUGUGUGCUCAAUACAAUAAAAGUUAUGACAAUAAAUAAAACGCACUCGUA